AUGCCCUUCAAUCGAGGAGUCCUUUACCUUUUCUUCCUGCACCUCAGCACGCUUCAGUUGCAAAAGAAGCAGGCGGAAGCCAUCGAGAUGCUGGAGGCCGGCAAGCCGUUGCUGAAGCUGCCUUCGGACUUCUCGGCUCUUCGCGUUUCGAGCCCAGACUGCCUUGUACGCGAAGAGGCCGGAAGGUGUGAAGAGGCUGUUCUCGAGGCCCGAGCUCAGGUGAUUGCCAGCCCUGGCAGCUGGGCUUCUGCCCAGGACUAUGCUCGGCUUGUCUUCGACUUGCCUUCACCAGAUGGCUUUGAUGCUUCAAGGGGCCACACUGUUCGAUUUUCCGGGAUGCUUCCCUCUGUUGUCUCGUUUGAAGAGUUGGAGUCCAACUGGACACAGGAUGAGGCAUGGAAUGCUCUUUUGCUGUUUCGGCACCUGCAACAAGUGGAGGAGCAGGGACAGAGCACGGGUGGUGGCAGCGGCGUGAAUCGUGUCGCCUUCCUUGGUGAGCUCGAGCUGCGAAGGUGUGCACUUGCGCGGACACAGCUUGACCAAGUCGCGGUCGACGCUGCAGACGUCCAGGAGAUGGUGCGGGUGAUGAGCACCUUCGUGAAGCAUUUUGCUGGAAGGGCCCACUGUUUCUUCGACCUGAAGCCACACCUCGCGUGUCUCUCUGAUGCGGAGGCAUCGCCGCUCCUGUCUGUGGCAGCUGGCCAGGAUCGGGAGGCAGCAGUGCUGGAGGCGAGGUUGCGGAGAUCCUUCCGAAGAACGGAGGGGAUGGACGUUUCCGCCGCCGCCGAGCAGUCAGCGGCAGAGGAAGCCGAAGCCUGCCGCUUAGUGGAGACUUGGAUUCGAUUCGGAGGUGGUUCGGGUGCCGAGAACAAGAGCCCUGAAGCCCUGCUGCAGCUGGCAGUGGUGGCUUUAAUUGAAGCAGAUAGGUGGUCCCCCAACAAGGCAGCGGAUCGGCAGCAUCUCCUUGAUGCCGUCGUGCUUGCGCAGUUGGGGCUAACAGAGCAGAAGCAUGCUUUCGGUUUCAAGGUGCUUCUGCUGUUGCUGUACAAUGCGCUGGGGUUGCCGAUGUUGAUGUUCAAAGUGUUCAGCACAAUGGCCAUCAAGAACAUCCAGGCAGGCACGAAGAGAGUCACUGCAGAGUUCGCCUGCCCCGUCGUCCGCUCAGAGAAUGGCACGAGCAUCACUGUGUCAAAGAGGCCGGCGGCUGAAGAGGUUGACUACGAGGAGCUGUUCGAAAUCCUUCGAACAGGCUUCCCCACCGACAAUGCAGCAGAGAAGGAUUGCAGGACUGAAGGCGCAGAAGACAAGCCGAAUGCCUCCACAAAACGCCAAGACUCUUGCAAGACUGUCAUCGAGGAGCCUUCCGCAGAAUGUAGUGCGGAAAGCACCUUUGUACAUAGUCUCCUGCCAGAGUGCCCUGCACCCAAACGGCCCCGGCUGGAUGGGAUGAAGGCCCUGGUUCGGACCCAGCCCGAUGAUGGCUACGAAGGCCCGCCGCCGCCAGAUGAGGUGGCUCAGGCAUAUGCCCUGUUGAACCUCCCUCUAAGCGCCUUGCGGAGCGACGUGCAGCGACGCAGUCGUGCGCUAGCUCGCGAGCGGCAUCCGGAUAAGGCUCCGCCCGAUCAGCGAGUCAGGGCAACUCGGCUUUUUCGUCAGCUGCAAGAUGCCAAGGAGAUAAUUUUGUCCUGGCUGCGGCAAAGAAGUGUUCCAGUGUUGGAUGAGUCGGAUGACUCACCUUGUCUGGAUAGUGCCGACGAAUGUGAGGAGGAGCCUUGCAGGCCGCCUGACGUUGUGUUCGGUGAGGCCGGAGAUGUUCUGGCAGAUUUUGACCAAGAUGGCUCCGGCGGUGAGUCGGAGCAAGAGGAUGAGAAGGCAGCCUGCGUCUACAAAGGGCGAGGGGACUCGCCUGACACAUUGUCCAGUAGUGAAAGCGGCGACGAAAAGGUAGAAACUGCGCUGGCGCUGCGGAGCAGAGGGAUAGUUCGAACGGAGGACUCGGCUCUGGUGCAAGCCACAGCGCUGAGUCACUUCAUGGCGUCCCAGAAGAGACGCCCGCAGGAAAUGUGCAGCGAGUGCUUUCAGCGGAAGGUGAGCAGAGGCUCAGACCUGUGUUCAGAGUGCCACGAUGAAAUAAGUCAGCUUCGGAAGUGCCUCAACGCAUGA